UUUGUCCUUUGCACACAGAAACAGGCCUAUAAAUUCUCAUCCUCAGAGUCUCUGUGAGCUUAAGAGCUGGAUUCUCAGAGUCUCUCCAGGUUUGAGUCGUGGAUGUGAUCAAUAAUGGGAACGCCCUCUGGACUGUUUUCACUCAUACUUGUGCAUAUUUUCACAGGAACUUCUUCAGGGACUCCUGUGACCAGCUGUGAUUCAUGUCAUGGCAAAGCCACCUGCUUGGAGUCACAAGAAAGAGGUGACACCUUCACCGGCCACGCCCUCUCAUGUAUCUGUACAGAUGGCUUUGUAGGUGAUGGCCUCACCUGCUAUGACCCAAAACUCUGCAGUGACUCUUCUUGCUGUGACCGAGGUUACCACUGGUCCUCAGAGAAGGGCUGUGUGGACAUUGAUGAGUGUUCCCUCCCAAACUCACCAUGCACACCACCUCAGAUUUGCCACAACACGCCAGGCUCAUACGAAUGUCCGGAGCCUUCCUCCAAGAACAGAGCAGCUGCCUCUUCCCAAUCUGUCCAGUUCUACUGUGGGAACACAGUUUGUCCUUCAGGCAUGGACUGCAUCAAUUCCCAAUGUGUGGACCCUUGUCAGAACUACGCAACAUUGAAUGAUGACUGGCGUUCAACAAAUAACACAAAUACUGAGGUCCGACACUGUGAUCAAUAUAUAAACUGGCAAGGCUGGUAUCGCCUGUUUUUGAAUCAAACCAGUGCUCGUAUUCCAGAGUGGUGUGUCGAAUCAAACAGGUGUGGAACUGAUGCGCCUUUGUGGAUAACACAACCUCAUCCCACAUGGUCAGGUGAAAUUGUGAAUCGCACUGUGUGCAAUGUUUGGGAAGGCAGCUGCUGCUACUUUCAGUCACACACCAUCCAUGUUAAACUUUGCCAUGCAAACUACUAUGUCUACAAACUUGUGAAGCCAUAUACAUGCAGCCUUGCAUACUGUGCAGAGGUGAACACAACUACACCUGUUUUACCUACCACAACACCAAGGCCACAGAACUUCACCACCACACAUGUGCCUGCUAACAUCACUACUACAACACCAGUGGGCAACAGCACAGCAGUUGAAGGGGAAGUCCGCCUGGUUAAUGGAAACAGCUCCUGCUCUGGCAGGGUGGAGAUCUUCCACAGUGGACAGUGGGGGACGGUGUGUGACGAUAACUGGGGCCUGGUGGAUGCUCAGGUGGUGUGUAGACAGCUGGGCUGUGGCAGGGUCUUCUCAGCACCAACAAACGCGCGAUUUGGACCGGGCAACGGACCCAUCUGGUUGGACGAUGUUGCAUGCACAGGCAGCGAAUCAAAGCUCUCUGCGUGUCAACAUAGAGGGUUCGGAUCUCAUGACUGUGGUCACUCUGAGGAUGCUGGUGUCGUCUGUGAAGCUGCUUCAUCAGUGAGGCUGGUCAAUGGUCAGAACCGCUGCUCUGGCAGAGUGGAGAUCUUCAAUGAUGGACAGUGGGGCACAGUGUGUGAUGAUUCCUGGGACCUAAAUGAUGCCAACGUGGUGUGCAGACAGCUGGGCUGUGGGAGCGCUCGUUCAGCACUACAAAGUGCAGCUUUUGGACAGGGUAGUGGACCCAUCUGGUUGGACGAUGUAUACUGUGUUGGAAAUGAACCAUCAAUAACUAACUGCAGACACAACGGCCUUGGAGUCCACAACUGUGGUCAUAAUGAAGAUGCCAGCAUCAUCUGUGAUGUCCAACCAGGAAUCAACAGCACUGUUUUUCCAACAACACCAAGGCCGCAGAACUUCACCACCACACAUGUGCCUGCUAAUAUCACUACCACAACACCAGUGGGCAACAGCACAGCAGUCGAGGGCGAGGUCCGCCUGGUUAAUGGAAACAGCUCCUGCUCUGGCAGGGUGGAGAUCUUCCACAGUGGACAGUGGGGGACGGUGUGUGACGAUGCCUGGGGCCUGGUGGAUGCUCAAGUGGUGUGUAGACAGCUGGGCUGUGGCAGGGUGUUCUCAGCACCAACAAACGCGCGAUUUGGACAGGGCAACGGACCCAUCUGGUUGGAUGAUGUUGCAUGCACAGGCAACGAAUCAAAGCUUUCCGAGUGUCCCCACAGAGGGUUUGGAUCUCAUGACUGUGGUCACUCUGAGGAUGCUGGUGUCGUCUGUGAAGCUGCUUCAUCAGUGAGGCUGGUCAACGGUCAGAACCGCUGCUCUGGCAGAGUGGAGAUCUUCAAUGAUGGACAGUGGGGCACAGUGUGUGAUGAUUUGUGGGACCUGAAUGAUGCCAGCGUGGUGUGCAGACAGCUGGGCUGUGGAAGCGGCUCAGCACUACAAAGUGCAGCUUUUGGAGAGGGCAGCGGACCCAUCUGGUUGGACAACGUAGACUGUGUUGGAAAUGAAUCAUCAAUAACUGACUGCAGACACAACGGGCUUGGAGUCCACAACUGUGGUCAUAAUGAAGAUGCCAGCAUCAUCUGUGAAGUCCAACCAGGAAUCAACAGCACUGUUUUCCCAACAACACCAAGGCCGCAGAACUUCACCACCACACAUGUGCCCGCUAACAUCUCUACCACAACACCAGUGGGCAACAGCACAGCAGUCGAGGGCGAGGUCCGCCUGGUUAAUGGAAACAGCUCCUGCUCUGGCAGGGUGGAGAUCUUCCACAGUGGACAGUGGGGGACGGUGUGUGACGAUAACUGGGGCCUGGUGGAUGCUCAGGUGGUGUGUAGACAGCUGGGCUGUGGCAGGGUCUUCUCAGCACCAACAAACGCGCGAUUUGGACCGGGCAACGGACCCAUCUGGUUGGAUGAUGUUGCAUGCACAGGCAGCGAAUCAAAGCUCUCUGCGUGUCAACAUAGAGGGUUCGGAUCUCAUAACUGUGGUCACUCUGAGGAUGCUGGUGUCGUCUGUGAAGCUGCUUCAUCAGUGAGGCUGGUCAAUGGUCAGAACCGCUGCUCUGGCAGAGUGGAGAUCUUCAAUGAUGGACAGUGGGGCACAGUGUGUGAUGAUUCCUGGGACCUAAAUGAUGCCAACGUGGUGUGCAGACAGCUGGGCUGUGGGAGCGCUCGUUCAGCACUACAAAGUGCAGCUUUUGGAGAGGGCAGUGGACCCAUCUGGUUGGACGAUGUAUACUGUGUUGGAAAUGAACGAUCAAUAAUUAACUGCAGACACAACGGCCUUGGAGUCCACGACUGUGGACAUUAUGAAGAUGCCAGCAUCAUCUGUGAUGUCCAACCAGGAAUCAACAGCACUGUUUUCCCAACAACACCAAGGCCGCAGAACUUCACCACCACACAUGUGCCCGCUAACAUCACUACCACAACACCAGUGGGCAACAGCACAGCAGUUGAAGGGGAGGUCCGCCUGGUUAAUGGAAACAGCUCCUGCUCUGGCAGGGUGGAGAUCUUCCACAGUGGACAGUGGGGGACGGUGUGUGACGAUGCCUGGGGCCUGGUGGAUGCUCAAGUGGUGUGUAGACAGCUGGGCUGUGGCAGGGUCUUCUCAGCACCAACAAACGCGCGAUUUGGACCGGGCAACGGACCCAUCUGGUUGGAUGAUGUUGCAUGCACAGGCAGCGAAUCAAAGCUCUCUGCGUGUCAACAUAGAGGGUUUGGAUCUCAUGACUGUGGUCACUCUGAGGAUGCUGGUGUCGUCUGUGAAGCUGCUUCAUCAGUGAGGCUGGUCAAUGGUCAGAACCGCUGCUCUGGCAGAGUGGAGAUCUUCAAUGAUGGACAGUGGGGCACAGUGUGUGAUGAUUCCUGGGACCUAAAUGAUGCCAGCGUGGUGUGCAGACAGCUGGGCUGUGGGAGCGCUCGUUCAGCACUACAAAGUGCAGCUUUUGGACAGGGUAGCGGACCCAUCUGGUUGGACGAUGUAUACUGUGUUGGAAAUGAACCAUCAAUAACUAACUGCAGACACAACGGCCUUGGAGUCCACAACUGUGGUCACCAUGAAGAUGCCAGCAUCAUCUGUGAUGUCCAACCAGGAAUCAACAGCACUGUUUUUCCAACAACACCAAGGCCGCAGAACUUCACCACCACACAUGUGCCCGCUAACAUCUCUACCACAACACCAGUGGGCAACAGCACAGUAGUCGAGGGUGAGGUCCGCCUGGUUAAUGGAAACAGCUCCUGCUCUGGCAGGGUGGAGAUCUUCCACAGUGGACAGUGGGGGACGGUGUGUGACGAUAACUGGGGCCUGGUGGAUGCUCAGGUAGUGUGUAGACAGCUGGGCUGUGGCAGGGUCUUCUCAGCACCAACAAACGCGCGAUUUGGACCGGGCAACGGACCCAUCUGGUUGGAUGAUGUUGCAUGCACAGGCAGCGAAUCAAAGCUCUCUGCGUGUCAACAUAGAGGGUUCGGAUCUCAUGACUGUGGUCACUCUGAGGAUGCUGGUGUCGUCUGUGAAGCUGCUUCAUCAGUGAGGCUGGUCAACGGUCAGAACCGCUGCUCUGGCAGAGUGGAGAUCUUCAAUGAUGGACAGUGGGGCACAGUGUGUGAUGAUUUGUGGGACCUGAAUGAUGCCAGCGUGGUGUGCAGACAGCUGGGCUGUGGAAGCGCUCGUUCAGCACUACAAAGUGCAGCUUUUGGAGAGGGCAGCGGACCCAUCUGGUUGGACAACGUAGACUGUGUUGGAAAUGAAUCAUCAAUAACUGACUGCAGACACAACGGGCUUGGAGUCCACAACUGUGGUCAUAAUGAAGAUGCCAGCAUCAUCUGUGAAGUCCAACCAGGAAUCAACAGCACUGUUUUCCCAACAACACCGAGGCCGCAGAACUUCACCACCACACAUGUGCCCGCUAACAUCUCUACCACAACACCAGUGGGCAACAGCACAGCAGUCGAGGGCGAGGUCCGCCUGGUUAAUGGAAACAGCUCCUGCUCUGGCAGGGUGGAGAUCUUCCACAGUGGACAGUGGGGGACGGUGUGUGAUGAUGCCUGGGGCCUGGUGGAUGCUCAAGUGGUGUGUAGACAGCUGGGCUGUGGCAGGGUCAUCUCAGCACCAACAAAUGCACAAUUUGGACCGGGCAGCGGACCCAUCUGGUUGGACGACGUAGACUGUGUUGGAAAUGAAUCAUCAAUAACUGACUGCAGACACAACGGUCUUGGAGUCCACGACUGUGGUCAUUAUGAAGAUGCCAGCGUCGUAUGUGAAUUCCAGCAGCCUCCACUCCAGACUUCACAGUUAAUUUGUGGCCGUGAUAAAAUCCAAGUAGGUCUGCAUAUGGGCAGCAUGUCAUCCUCUGGUUUGAACCCCUUCUCGGGCAACCUGGCUUCCAGCAACUGUUCCUGGGUCAGAGUCCGUGAUGAUUACGUUUGGUAUGAAAUGGAGGUUCGGGCAGGUGUCUGUGGAAAUGUGCUGAGGACCAACAGCACACAUAUCAUCUACUUCAACAGUUUGUUCAUCUACCCUCUGGCUAAUUUGUCCUUCGCUCUUCCUGUGAGUCUUCCCUUCUCCUGUGCUUAUCCCCUGGACACAGACGCCAGCCUGAAUGUAGCUAUCAGGCCAGACCUGUUCACUGGAGGCAUUUCAGGUUCGGGUCCAAAAGCUAGAGCCUCCAUGUCUCUGUUCCGCAACUCCGACUACACGGAGUCUUAUCCACCAGGCCAGGUGUACCUCCCAGUGGGUUCACCUCUGUAUGUGGGCGUCUCUGUGGAGCACACAGAUCCAGUUUUGGCAGCUGUUCUGGAGGACUGCUACGCCACUCACUCACCAAACCCUGAUGAUCCCACACAAUAUCCUCUCAUCCAGAACAAGUGUCCCACUGACCGCCAAAAGGUGUCAAUAGUUGAGAGUGGCUCAUCCCUCCGAGCUCGUUUCUCUGCUCUGCUCUUCCUGCUCCAGGGUCAAUACAGAGACAUUUAUCUUCACUGCAGCCUCAGCCUGUGCAACCAGAGGAACUACAACUGUGUACCAUCGUGCACAAGUAGGACACAUCGCUCUGUUUCCAACUCAGCUUUUAUGAAUCCUGUCACCAUUGGACCAAUUACUUUGGACAAGCCAGCUGAGUGAUCUGGAACAUCCAAAAACAUUCUGUAGUGUGAUAUUAACUGCCAGUACUCUGUUUUCAGUAGAGAGAUGAUUUAAAUAUACUAUUCACAAAUAUUUUACACAUAUUUUUUGAUAUUAUGUUCCAUUUGAGCAUUUUUUCAUUGUAUGACUGCAAACUGUCCAAAUAAGGUAUGCAUCCUAUUUGUCAAAACUGUACCUUGAUGCUGGAAUGUGAAACCAACUGGGUGAUAAACUGCAAAGCCACCAGGUAUCACAGUUCACACAGUCUAAUCAUACCUGUGGUAGGACUUGACUUAAGCGGUCAAGGAAGUGCAGGAGACUGAUGCUGUCCAGUGUAGCAAGUGAUUUAUUCACCAUUGUGUGACCCAAACAAUAUUUACAAAGAAACAAAUAAGAAACUCAACUCUAUAAAUAACUCCGUUCAAAUAAACAUAACUGAACUUAAAUCAGCGGAAAUUAAGGUCAAACUAAACACAGCUACACUGACCUGAACCUUUCUUCUCAUACACCUGAGUUCUUCUGUUUAAAUAGUCCACUUAACCAAACAAUUUCUCCUCUGGACUAUUCCAUUCCGUAGGUAGGUAAGAUAAACAUGAUUAUAUUUAAACCUCUACUACUCUUUACUGGCAACAUAAACUCUAUGGUGUAAUCAAUACAUACUACAACAAUAAAUCUAUUUCUUCAUAAACCCUCUAAAAUCAAGUUUAUUAAAUUACAAGCGUUCUUCCCCUCCUGCACUUGGUCUCUUCCUGUGACCUCAGAUGAACCCAGAAGCUAUAAAGCAGGAAGUAAAACUACAUUUCCUCCUUUUGUUGCUAGAAGACAGGUAGGUAAAGUAAGUUCUAAACAAUACAAAUUAACAGUUGAAAUAAAGAACAUGUUAACUUAACAAACUUGUAGGAAUUGAUUUAAACCAAGAUGUUAUAUUAUAUAAUCUGUAAAAGUGCAAAACAUAAACAAACCCAGGAUAGUAGAUGUUUGCCUAUUGCAGAUUACAUGUGAAAUAUGAUGAAAUCAAAACAACAAUGUUAACUAAGAAUAUGAACAAAUGGUGUUCUCACCCACUUUGUCACAAUACCCAUUAGAUUUCAUUGCAUCGUGUGAAAAUUGCAGAGAAGGUAUUAAUUCAAUUCAAUGCAAUUUUAUUUAUAUAGUGCCAAAUCAGAACAACUGUUUCCUCAAGGUGCUUUAUAUUGUAAGGUAUAGACCCUACAAUAAUACAAAGAAAACAGAGAAAACGCCAACAAACAUAUGACCUCUAUGGCCAAGCGCUUUGGUGACAGUGGGAAGGAAAAACACACUUUUAACAGGAAGAAACCUCCAGCAGAACCAGGCUCCUGGAGGGGCGGCCAUCUGCCACGACAGGUUUGGGUGAGGGCAGGAAGACAGAAUAAAGACACGCCGUGGAAGAGAGCCAGAGAUGAAUAAUUUCUAAUAAUUGAAUUCAGAGAGGUCUAUAAACACAAGGUGAGUGGAAAAAGGUGACUGAAGAAAGAAACUAAAUGUAUCAUGGGAAUCCCCCAGCAGCCUAAACCUAAUGCAGCAUAACUCUAAGGAUUCUGGGUCACCCUAUCCAGCCCUAACUAUUUGCGUCAUUAAAAAAGACAGUUUUAAGCCUAAUCUUGAAAAUACAGAGGGUUUUUUUCUCUCGAGUCCAAACUGGAAGUUUGUUCCACAGCAGAAGGGCCUGAAAGCUGAAGGCUCUGCCUGCCAUUCUACUUUUAAAUACUCUAGGAACCACAAUAAAGCCUGUAGUCUGAGAGUGAAGCGCUUUAAUAGGGUGAUUCAAUACUAUAAAAUCAUUAUAAUAAGAUGGGGCCCGAUUAUUCUAGUGUGUAUUACUAUUAUUAUUCUUGUGUGUAAGGAGGAGGAUUUUAAAUCUGAUCCUGGAUUUAACAGGAAGCCAGUGAAGAGAAACAAAUAUCGGAGAAAUCUACUCUUUUUCUAGUCUGUGUCAUUACUCUUACUGCAGUAUUUUCGAUCAGCUGAAGGUUUUUCAGGGAAUUUUUAGGACUUCCUGAUAAUGAAUUAUAGUAGUCCAGCCUAGAAGUAAUAAAUGCCACGAUUUCUUCCUUUUGUUUUGGGGGAUAAUCAGCUCGGUGAGCUUGUGACAUCCUAUAAUAUCAGAAAGACAUUCUAUGAUGUAAUUAAAUCCUUUUUUCAAAUUCAUUCUAUAUGAUUUAAUCAAACUGAUGUUACAUUGUACAAUUUAAUAUGUUAUGUCAUAUGUUAUAUGCUAAGUACAUUAUGUCCAACCUUAUUAUUAUAUUCACAAAACAUUUUCUUUAUUACUAGAACUAAUAUAAUCUUUUUCAAAGAACACUGGGUUCCUCUCUGGGUUGGUUUACUGAUUUAACAUAUUUUGAUAAACUGCCAAUAAAUUUGGAGUGGGUAUCAAAAGUCAAAGGAGGAGGAUUGAAUGACUUUGGUUAACAGAUAACUUUUCCUCUUGCGUCACCACGAGGUUGUCAUUUGUAUUACAUGAUGUAAAGCAGGUCUGUAAGUUUUUGGACAAUGACUGUUUCUGUGAUCUUUCCUCUGUACACUGCAACACUGAAUUUUCUAGAUGUGAGUGAAGUGCAGAUUCCAGCUUGAAUUCAAGAGGUUUUUACAAAAGUACUGCAUAAACAGCUUAGCCAGGCCAUCAUUUGACUUAAAAACAUAUAUACCUAUGAGCAAGAUAACGAAGAGUUCACGAGUGGUCAAAUAACGAAUGAGUAUGAUCCAGAGUAUACCACAUCACCAGGUAAUGUCAUGGCCUUAGCAUGUAUGGUUAAGAAUAUAAAACAAGUUAACUUUGUGUUUACUGAUGAUGUGACUCCUGGUGACGAGUACACCACUGUACUUUCUGCUCAGAUUAAGCAAAAUCCUGCAAGAAUUUCUUAAGGCAACGAAAUAGGAUAUUCUUCAAUAGACACGUCAGUCACUGAUCUGAACCCUAGUAGACCAUGGUUUACAGUUACUGAAGAAAGCCUGAAGGCAGAAAGACCCACAAACACGUAACAACUGAAGAUGGGCUCAAUAAAAGCCUGUUAGAUCAUCUCAAAAGGAGGAACCACAGCAUUUGGUGAUGUUCACUCUUCCCAAUUGCUGUCUUGGUAGCUGGGGAUCGGUCUGCCAGGGCCUCCGCUCCUGGCUGCCGCCCGACACAUGAUGCACCCGACCCCUGUGAUGCCUCCUGCGGGUGGUGGACCUGCAGGACGAUGGGCCUAUGUGCCUAUGUUUUUCGGGCUAUGCCCAGCUGGGCCCAAUGGACUAAGGCCUGGCCACCAGACGCUCGCCCUUUUUUUUUUUUUGCUCAAAUUAUAAUUCAAAGGGGAAAAUAACUGAAUUAAAGGACAAAAAGGAAAGCUCUGAUAACAACCAGAUCUAUCAAAUGUUAACAGGAAUAUAAACAGGAAAUAUCAGAUGGGUUGGACUCAAGCACCGUUGAAUAACUCCUACAUAGCUUUACAGAAUGCAGUUAUAAUGACAGUCACACAUAAAAAAUAAAAAAAACCCAAAUUAAACAACAAAUAAAGGAGAGUUUAACAGGUUAGUGAGCUGUGCUGAGCCUCAACUCAAGAUUUCAGUGUGACAAAGGUGGCUUUCCUUUUUACCCAUAAGAUCACCAUAGUAACUUAACACUGAGCACCUUUUAUGUGACCUGAGUUAUAGUUUAAAAUUGUCAAGCAGUGAAUAGAUCCUCCGCUGAAGGAAUGCUUUUUGUACAUGUCACAUCACCACAAACUGCAUGCAUUGCAUUUCCGCCAGAAUUUGCAUGUAUUCAGUUGGUGACUCCAAAAAUGCAUAAAUGUGUUUCUAUGUGUGGCCUUCCUGCAAAGUCUGUUUUACACUGCUUGACCUGAAGCUCACAGGCUAGAGCACCUUUUCAGUCAGUGAACUUAAUUUAGCUUACAGAAGACUAUAAAAGUAACUGAGGAAAAUUUAAAAUCAAAUCUACAUUUAACAGGCAGUAGUUGAAAAGAUUCUUCAAUUAUGCUAGUUGAUCAGAUGGUUUGAUAAAGGCUAUGAAGGUUUUCAUUGUAUUUAUACUAACAAGCUGAUUGCCGUGUGUGUCAGAGAGGCUACUGCUUCAUGCUAAAUAAGACAGCAUUGUCAUCACUAGUGUUUUGUUUACAGGCUUUUAGUUGAGAAAAAGAGGCUACUUGGGCUGGUCGUAUUAUAAGUUUUUAUACAUUCAUGUGUUUGACAGUCUAAAUGCUUCUAUUGUUAGUAAAAGUGAAAUGAAUUGAU